AUGACUUCCCGCUUCAACACCAGCGCUACUAUUGGUGAUGUCUAUGCAUUCGUCGCUGCGGCCACUCCGAAUGGCCGUAACCGCGCAUGGGUACUGAUGACAACAUUCCCCAACAAUGAACUGAACGACUGGGAGGUGACUCUUGCCGAUCUGCCUGACUUGAAACGUGGUGGUGUUGUCGUCCAGAAAUGGAAAUAG